AUGCGAGGACGGUGUUCCACAAGUGCGGAUGUCAUUGCUGGUGUCUUGUUUUUGGGAGAAGCUCGAGCGGCGACCUGUCCAGAAACGUUACAUUUGCCAUUGGCGGCCAUGUUCCCCGUAGCGUCUGCAGCCAGCGUCAGUGGUUGGGUCGCGUCCAUCGAGGUUGCCCUACGGUUUGCAAUGUUCGCUGCUUUGAUAUAUGCCACUCUUGGAUUCAUGCCUCGAGCAGACGUUUCCCCCGUGAUGUUGAGCGGGCACUCGCUCGGUGUGAAUGUGGCCCACACAGUAGCAGGGCGUUGA